GGAAGGAGAAGAGAGAUUUCUGCUUCUUCUUCACGCUGGAUCUACCAUUUGCUUCUUCUCUAAGCUAAAGAAACAAACAAAUUAAAUAUAAUCCAUCUUCUCUUCUGUUCCGCCUUCGUCAACCCAAAUACCCAAUCCCAUCCCCUAAGCCCUAACCAAAUCGGAAGGAGAUGCACGCAGACUUCUUGCUCACGAUUCGUCCAGCAGAGGAUUUGUCUUGCCUGCGUGCUAGAAUCGCCGAAUCGCUGUCUUCGUCUACCGAUGGAAGUCGUCGAUUAGUGAGGUGUUUGAUGGAGGAGUCGUUUCCCUUUACCAAAUUGGCCGCCGUCGUUCGUCUCCUCCAUCUGAUUCCCUUCAACAAAUUAGCCGCUAUUGUUGAUCUUUUUCUGAUUCGCUUCGAUGUGUUCAUCGAUCUCCUCACCGUCGCCGUCGUGUGUUGGGAAGUUGGAGAGCUCCUUGCGUCCAUCAUCCCCGACUCCCCGUCGUGAGCAGAGGACCUGAAGAAGUCAGAUCGGACGACAAGAAGAGCUUGGGUUUUCUUCUUUUUCUCCUCCCCUUCGUGUAGUGGGUCGGUGAUUGGGAUUUGGGAAUGAGAGUAGCUUUGGGGUCAGAGGGGGAGAGAAAUCAAUUAGGGGUUGGGGUGGUGGGGGUGGGGACUGGGUUGUGGACUCGGCUAUUAACGAGCUGGGCUGGGGCUGGGGUUUGUUUAUUUUUUAACAGGAUCGGGCCGGAUUAGUGGUCAUUACAACCGCAAACAGGAUUGGAUUGGUUGGGAUCUGGUUUCCAGUUACAACCGGAAUGGUUUGAACUGGCCGGUUUCUGGUUUCACUAGAAAACCGGGGCCCUAGAAGUAGGGGUACAUGGAUCGGCCCGGGUUGACAAUUUAAAUACUUACUCUAUACUGCGUCCGUCUAGAGUUUAAAAACUUGGGCUCUAGUCGUCAUUAAUUUGUGGUGUAGUUUCGUGCGAGUCAAGUUUUUGGCGCCAUUGCCGAGGACCUUACGGUCCGUUAUCAAGAAAAGGUCGCUUAGUGU